AAGGGGGAAAAAGGUCCGACAUUAUAAUAUAAACUUUUGCGCUUAAUCCCAUCCAAAAAAUCCGAAGUUGCACAACAAUUUUUCCAAUCCCAAGAAGCGCUUUUUCACGUAACCGACGACAUGUCAAAAGAAUUCUCUAUGCCAGCUUUUGUUUUAAUGUGAUUCUGGAGUUUUUGUUUGUUGGUGGGCAAAGAAGAAAAACGACAACAACAAAACAAAGAAAUCUGGCAAACCUUGGGGGUUUGAGUUUGAGGCCUCGCUUGUCCUUGAAGCAAGCUGAACCCGACUACUUGAACGACGACGACGAAGAGUGCAGGCCUUGGCGUCGCAGAUUUUCAAUCAUGGCUUCUUUCACUUGGAUUUCCGCUCUCAAAAUCACCCUUUUUCUCCUCCUCGUCGCCGCUAUUAUCGCCGCUUUUUUCACUCUUCCCGUCGAAAAGUUUUUGAAGGACUUCUUAGUAUGGGUUGAGAAGGAUCUUGGACCCUGGGGUCCUCUCGUGCUGGCCGUGGCCUACAUUCCUUUGACAGUCUUGGCUGUUCCAGCUUCAGUACUCACUCUAGGUGGUGGUUAUCUUUUCGGGCUGCCUGUGGGAUUUUUUGCCGAUUCUAUUGGCGCCACUCUUGGUGCAGGGGCUGCAUUCCUUCUUGGUAGAACUAUUGGUAAAUCAUAUGUUAUUUCAAGGUUGAAAGAUUAUCCUCAGUUCUGUUCAGUGGCAAUUGCAAUCCGGAGAUCUGGAUUUAAGAUUGUUUUGCUGCUUCGGCUUGUGCCUUUGCUUCCAUUUAGCAUGUUAAAUUACCUUCUAUCUGUGACUCCUGUUCCAAUUGGAGAAUACAUGCUGGCUUCGUGGUUAGGAAUGAUGCCAAUAACACUUGCACUGGUUUAUGUUGGAACCACUCUCAAAGAUCUUUCUGAUGUGACACACGGGUGGGGUGAGCUCUCAAAGACUCGAUGGGCGUUUAUCAUAUUGGGGCUUGUUGUAUCUGUUGUUCUGAUGAUCUGUGUUACAAGAGUUGCCAAGGCUGCUCUGGAAAAAGCUUUGGCCGAAAACGAGGGUAUUGAAAGCAUUAUAGACUCGACCGAAAUACCCAUUGUAGCCGAACCUCCUGUGGAUCUCCACCAGCCUCUCAUAAUCAAGAUAGAUUCCUCUGAAGACAGACAUGAAAAUUGAAAAUUUUGCUGCUUUUGUAGAUUUUUCCCUGCCUUCUUUCAGUGUGGGCAAAGCUUUACCUAUACUUCGGUGUUGGUGCAUUUUAUUAAUGUUUUGUACAGAUCCAUCUUUUUAGAAUUACAAUCUCGGGAGUGUGUGGUGGAAAUUACAAUGGAAACUGUAUUACCUCAAUGUACCUCAUAACUUAUGCUUAAAGCAGCAAAAAGGAAAAUAAGCCAUUGGUUCAAGUUUGUUUGUCUUCGAUAGGUAUUGUAUUGUAUUGUAUUUAUAUUUAUACAGCGAUG